CUGAAAAAUGAACGCAAACGUAACUGUCGACGAUGCCAUAAGCAAUGUGAAUCUUCUCGACACCCUCGCCAUACCCGAUGAUUUACCCGAUAUUGAGGCGAGAGCUCUUCCCUUGCUCUAUAGAUCAAACUUCGACACAAACUUCGAAGAUCGUAGUGCAUUUGUGACGGGAAUUGCCAAGUACAGUGAGGAAGCCACCAGGCAUGCACAAUUUAAUGACAUGCUUUCUGAAGGAUUGCAACAUGCUGCAAAUAUGUACACUUGGAGAUGUUGUUCGAGAGCAGUUCCAAUGGCAAAGUCGAAUGAUCAGCCGAAUCGAACGGAAAUCAAUGAGAUGGUUGUGGAAGUUUUGAAGCCAGAAGUCAGCAAGCUCGGCAGUUUUAUGCGAUUUACGUUGACCGCAAUUCAAAGAUUCUGCGAAGAAGUUCGACGGCUGUGCCAUUCAGAAAAACGCCGAGAUUUCGUAUCCGAAGCCUACCUGCUCACCCUCGGAAGAUUCAUAAACAUGUUCGCAGUGCUCGACGAGCUGAAAAAUAUGAAGGCUUCGAUUAAAAAUGAUUUUUCGACGUUCAGAAGAGCUUCACAAUUCCUUACAGCCAUGUCUGAUACUCAAGCUGUUCACGACAUGCAGAAUUUGAGUAUGUUCCUGGCGACGCAGAAUAAGAUUAAGGAUGAUUUGAAAUUGCAAAUGAAAACGAUCGAAGGAUAUGAAGAGCUACUGUGUGACGUUGUCAACAUAUGUGCUCAUAUGUAUGAGCAUCAGCUGUACCUGUCUCCAAAUGAAAAGCACAUGUUUGUGAAGGUCAUCGCAUUCUCACUAUUUCUGAUGGAUGGUGAUGCUGCCAACGUGGCAAAACUCGAUCAGAAGAAGCGGUUGAGCAUUUCAAGGCUCGAUAAAAUAUUCAAAACGCUUGAAGUUGUUCCAUUGUACGGAGAUAUGCAAAUUCAACCGUUUGCGUUUGUGAGAAGAAGCUCACAUUAUGAGCCGAGUAAAUGGCCGUUGAGUGAUAAAGAAUCUGACCGAUGCCACGUGAACAUUGUCGAAAAAGUCCAAUCAAUUCGCUCGGACCAUGAAAGCUACGUCACCCAAUUCGCGAAAAUCAACAAUGAAGUUGCGAUUUGUGAUCGACCUGGAAACGAUUCAGAGAACCGAGAGAUCACCUCACUGGCCUUAUCCGGUAUUCAACUACUCUGCCAAUGGUCGUGUGCAGUCGUCGAGACGAUUAGUUGGAAGCUUUUGAACCCGACGAAUCCCAAAGAUAAUCGAGAAUGUCCUGAAAAUGCGGAAGAGUAUGAACGAGCCACGCGGUACAACUACUCGCCAGCCGAGAAAACUGCACUAAUUCAAAUCAUUGCAAUGAUCAAAGGCCUCCAGUCAAUGUUGGGAAAAACCGAGUCGGACAUGUCGAAUUCGACGAGAAAAUGCGUUUACGUUGAGCUUCAGGCGUUCAUCCAUCACACAAUCAACGAGCCACUUCAGAAAGCGGUAAAACAUAAGAAGGACUUGCUCGCGAGCAUCUUGCAGUCUGUGAAGGACUCGAUUUCUGACGCCGGAAACGAGCUGAACCGGAUGACGGAUGUGAAGGGAAAGAAGAAAUCAUCUGCCCCGAAAGGAGACUCUGCAAACUCUUCAUCGUCGGAUAUCAGAAUCCCGAGACGAACAGCUGCUCCUGGGAGCACACAACUGUAUAUGGCAAGAACUCAGCUCGAGUCGUUGAUCUCUGACAAGCUGUGCGGUGGGAAGAAGAUUCUUCGGAAGGAGCUCGACUCAAAGACUAUCGAGAAGAUUUCAGUUUUUCUGCGAAAAUCGGCCCAUUGGCCGGCCCUUUUCAGGCUCUCAGAUUCGAUGACCGAGGCCGGAGAGUUGAGUCAGCUGUGGUUCCGUGAAUUCUAUCUGGAAAUGACGAUGGGUCAGCGGAUACAGUUUCCGAUUGAGAUGUCGAUGCCGUGGAUUUUGACUGAUUAUAUUCUCUCGUGCAAUGAGCCGUCUCUUAUCGAAUCGGCGCUCUAUCAGUUGGAUCUCUACAAUGAUGCUGCACAAUACUCGCUUUUCAACUUCAACAAGCAAUUUCUCUACGACGAAGUGGAAGCUGAAGUCAACUUGUGCUUUGAUCAAUUUGUCUAUAAGCUCUCCGAAAUGGUAUUCACCCACUAUAAACAGCUCGCGUCGUGUAUGCUUCUCGAUAAGCGGUUCAAAGCUGAAAUUCUCCGAUCUGGAACAAUGAUCCGAUCACCGUCUGCGGCCAGAUUCGAAAGUCUUCUUCAGCAGCGACACGUUCAGCUUUUAGGAAGAUCCGUCGAUUUGAACAGAGUCGUCUCGCAGAGAGUCAAUAUGGCUCUGCUAAAAGCACUUGAUGCAGCAAUCUGGAAAUUCGAAAGCGAGCCGCUCUCCUCAAUUGUGGAGCUCGAUAUGCUCAUCGACACCAAUCGUCUCUGCCAUACACUUCUCUCUGACGUUCUGCACUCGAUAGCUCCGUUCGAUGAUCUCUUCCAGGAAGCGAAUCACGCUGUCAACUCACCACACGGGCGAAUUACGCUUCACGUCUUCUGGGAGCUCAACUACGACUUUGUGCCGAAUUUUGUGUAUAAUGGAUCCACUCACCGAUUCGUACGGGCUCGCCACGUGUUCCGUAAGACUCCGGCUAGGGAGAAGCCGCCACAAGUCGGUCAGGUAUACUAUUGGGGAUCCAAAUCUCUGAUGGCCGCUUUUAUGAACAUUUGCAACGCGUAUAGUCAAUGCAUCGGAACACAACAUCUCAAAGCGAUCACUCGACUUCUGCAUUAUCAAGGAAUCGCUGUCAUCCUCGACGAGCUGCUGAAAAUGACGAAUCGCCUGCUCAAUGAUAAAAUCCGUCGGCACGUGAGAAACGUGUUCAAUAUGAUGCCGAAAGUGUGCAAGCUGCCGAGGUCGGAUUACGGUAGCAAUGCACUCUUACAGUACUAUGUGCAUCAUUUGGAGGCUGUUGGGAAGUACCCGGAGCUCAAGUCGGAGUUUUGUCAGGAUCUUCGAGAACUCGGAAAUAUGAUUGUGUUCUGUCAGCAGUUGGAAGUGGCUCUUGGACAGGAAGAGGCACAUGAUUUGUUCCUCGCCGCAGCAUACACUGGCACUGUUCCGCAGCCACCAGCAAGGAACGCGCAAGAGCAGAUGAAGCAGCUGGCAAAACUGGAAGACAAGUACUCGAGAAUCCAUUUGACCGAGAUAAUCGACAAAAUCAGUCCGGAUGACGGCCAGGCGGCGAUUGCAAAAGACGCCGAGCUGAUGACAAAGGAGCGACUGUGCUGUGGAUUGAAUGCCUUUGAGAACUUUUUGGUUCGAAUUAAGCAAAUGCUCGCAGCUGACGAUAUCUGGACUGGCGGCUACCCUACAAACGGUGUAUUCUGGAUUGACGAAUGUGUCGAGUGGUACCGUGUCUAUUCAGCUCUACAGUUCUUCUUGUGCCAACCGACGCGCGAUGAUAAUGAAGUUUAUGCAGAAGAACUGUUCGGCGACUCGUUGCAAUGGGGAGGCCUAACACUGAUCACAUUACUGGGACAACAUCGAAGAUUUGAAGUGCUCGAUUUCUGCUAUCACCUGCACAGAGUUAACAAAGCUGACGGCAAAGAUGAAGUUAUCAGUGGAAUUCGCCUCGCCAAAAUGGUUGAACGAAUCCGACGCUUCCAACUGCUCAACAAUCAAAUCUUCAUAAUCCUAGAGAACCAGCUAAACGAGAACAACGAUGAUCCGAACGAACGGGUUCGAGAAUUCGCACCGCCCGUUCAUCCAAACUAUGCUAAUCACGCAGCACGGCGUCAAUGAUCUUCUUUUGAUACUUCAUUUUUCAAAGGUGCUUUUACUUUAUGACUUUAAUUUAUUGUUAUUAUCAUUAUUAUCAUACACUCUACCCGUCUUGCCCUGUUUCAUAAAUUCCCCCUCCCAAUUAUUCAGUUUUAAACCAAAAUUGAUUUUUGAUUUCAUUCAGUUUUCUAUUGAAAUGUGUGUGUGUAUUUAUUUAACUAUUAUGGACAAAAAAUGUUUUCACUGU